AUGGCAGAAUCUGUUGCAAAUGUGUUUCUGGAAACCAUCCGUGAUUUGGUGGUUGAAGAGACUAAGUUUUUGCUUAGUGUGGGCGGUGAUGUUAACAAAGUGAAAGGCGAUUUGGAAAGCAUACAUGCGUUGUUGAUGAAAGCAGACAGAGAGAGACGCGAUUCUCCGACUCUAAAGAGCUGCAUUUCCCAGCUCAAAGAUGUUGCUUUCAAAGCUGAGAAUCUUCUCGAAAAGUAUGCCGUUGAAGUUCAAUCCAAAAGAGGGUUGAGGAGCCUCAAGGACAAAUUUCAAAGGUACAUUUGCAUCAUGGGUGAGUGUUACAGUGUCCACCGGGUUGGGAAUGAGGCUCGCGACAUAAUAUCCGCCCUGGCCGACCUAACUAACAAGUUAGAGUCGGAGUUGGGACAAGAAUGCUCAUCUCUUAUGAAGGAGCAGGAUCGUCUGUUGAGACAGACGUAUGCUCAUGAGGUUGAGCCUCAUUUCGUGGGGAUGGAGAAAGACAUCGCGAUUUUGGUCUCCAAGGUGAAGGAUGUCAAAGGUCCCCGAGUAGUGAAGAUAUAUGGGAUGGGUGGUCUCGGAAAAACUACUCUUGCCAGAAAGGUGUACAACCACAGAGACCUCCAAUCUUAUGCUCGAGUAUGGGUUUGCAUCACCCAACAGUUUGAACAUAAGUCCGUUUUGGGCAAGAUUUUGAAACAACUUGACAGCAAGGUAGAGGUUAAAGGCAUGGAAGUUGAUGAAUUGGUGACUAGAAUUCAGAGUUCAUCACUGGAAAGGAAAUGCGUGAUUGUGAUCGAUGAUAUAUGGGAAGAUGAUCAUUGGGAGAUCAUAAAGAAAGCUCUUCCGGUGGAUUGUAAUGUGAUUCUCACCACUCGUUAUGAGAAUAUUGCUAAUCAACAAUCCGAACCUCACAAGCUGGAAUUUCUGACCGAGGAUGAAGGAUGGGCUUUACUUCAAAAAGUAGCAAAUUAUUCUCUAAGUAAGUGUCCAGCUUUUGCAUUUCUCAUAUUUAAGCCUCUUAUUUCUUUGUGA